AUGGCCUACCCAAACUAUGUCUUCUCCAUCUUCGCCUUUGUCGGCUUCAUCAUCAGUAUGGUUCCGCUACCCUGGCAUUUGGAAGCAUGGAAUAUUGGGACAUGCUCGUAUAUGCUAUGGGUCGGAGUCGGGUGUUUGAUGUACUUUAUCAAUUCCAUCGUCUGGAACGGGAAUGCUAUAAAUUGGGCACCUGUUUGGUGUGAUAUCUCGACUCGGUAUAUCAUCGCCUUGACUGUCGCUAUUCCUGUCUGUUCCCUGUGUAUCAACCGCCGACUAUACUAUAUCGCAACAUCGGAUACGGUCAUGCACUCUAAGAAAGAGAAACGCCGUGCGAUCAUCAUUGAUUUAGCGAUGUGUAUUGGUGUGCCAGUGUUUGAGAUGAUUAUCGCCUACAUCCCUCAAGGGAACCGUUUCAACAUCUAUGGUGAUUUCGGCUGUGCCCCUGCCAUCUAUCAGACCUGGGUCGCAGUAGUCCUGUACCUAUUACCUCCCAUUCUUAUCGGUUGUGUCUCGGCGGUGUAUUGUGUUCUGACCAUCAUUGCAUUUAACCGACGCCGCUUGCAGUUCAAGGAAGUCCUGUCUGCUCAUUCGAACUUGAGCUCGAGUCGCUACUACCGGCUUAUGUUCAUGGCAUCCGUGGACCUCAUAUUGACGGUUCCCCUCGCAACUUACGUUCUCGUAAUGAACACGCACAAUUUGCAGCCCUGGAUCAGCUGGGAGAAUGUACAUUACGAUUUCUCUCGUGUGGACCAGAUACCGUCAAUUCUCUGGAGGUCAGUGUCAACAGGAACGCUGAUCGACCUGCAGCGGUGGUUCGUUGUCAUGGGCGCCUUCGUGUUCUUCUUGCUCUUUGGCUUCGCGGACGAAGCUAAGAAGCACUAUCGCGCCGCCUUUAGUUCGGUUGUCAAGCGUGUCACCAGCACUUCUCUCGGCUCUACGACUAUUGGUUCGAAAUGGUCGUCCAGUGCCAAUGGCAGUCUACCUGUCUUCAUCGAGAAGAAGGUCGUCAAGAAGCACGACUCUUUGGAGUCCUUCACCGACAUGUCGUUGUCACAUUCCAACGACUCCAAGGAAAAGUCGUUCUCUGGCGAUGUCUCCUUUGGCGCGUACUCUUUUGCUGAUGUGGGCGGUGCCCUCAACAGUCCUGCAAAGGACCCCUUCGCACCCAAGUCUGUUGUCGCCUCUUCCUCCUCUUCCGUGAUCUCAGAUUCAUCUUCCUCGACACCGCCGAAAUACACUUCCCAGGAGGACCUCACCAUUGAGAUCUCCUCUGUUCGUCGUCUUUCUAUCAUCGAACCUGCCGCCCCACCGCGCACCUUGGACCUUUCCAAUAUUCCAAGGCACUCGGUUGACCUACCAAAGCCAGUUGGAGCGAAUACACCCGAUGUUGUAUGAUGGUGACCAAAACGGCGAUACCCUUUUCCCACCACGACCACAUGCGCAACCACCACUCUCAAACUGUAUUUUUAGGGCCAGUCUUCCUCACGUUCUCUCAUUUUUACGGCUCUACAGAGAGCACAGUAGCUUACAGUCUUUGCAAUAUCCCUAUUACUAUGUAUUUGGUAGAUUUAUCAUUUAUCCGCCUUCAUUGUGUCUACUAUAUCACAUUGUCACCUCGGUUUUCGUGUUGUUGGAUAGGAUUCCGUGGAAUGCAAAUACAGAAAAAAUUGAAUAUCCACCCCCCCCCGGUCCCUUGCCCUUGUAUUUGAAUGCGAGUUUCUAUGCAGCGGUGGCGGCCGACAUUGCUUGAUUGGAAACCAUCAUGACCGAGUCGCUUCCGCAAUUAGAGCGGGAAUAUAUUGCGAAAUUAGUUGCGACCCUCAAUGAUAUUCUGACCAACUGCCUUGUCGCUGUCUACCUUUUCGGG